CUCCAUCCCAUCUGCCACGGAUCUUGACAAUGCUGGGAGGAUCUGGUCUUCAAGGGCGCGGCAUUAUGCCCGCUAUUGCCCGGCAGCGAUUGGCUGCUUUCCCGCGCUCCAGUCGUUCGGUUCGUCUCCCGGAAGCCCUUCCAUGGCGGGUGGCAGAGCAAACUGACUCCGAUAGAUGUCCUCGUUCCGUGCCCAGACUUCCGGCCUUCCUGCUCGUUAUGGGGGACUGAACCAGUCUCUGGCCGGCAAUCGAUCCUGGCGACCGGCAUCUGCCAUCCCUACGAUCUCCAGCGCGCGGUUCAACUCAUCCUCGUCCACCUCCGCCAACAGCGCCGUCGAUGCGACUCCUUCAGCAAAUGCCUCCGAUCUUUCGGAUCUUUCAGUCGAGGGCAUCAAUGCGAUCCCCGAAAAAAUCGGAUAUCUGAAAGAUAUUGGCCUCGACUACGGCUGGGGCCCGACGUCCCUGAUGGAGUUCGUCAUCGAGCACGUCCACGUCUGGUCCGGUCUCCCGUGGUGGGCCAGUAUUGUCGGCACCGGUCUACUGAUCAGGCUGGCGCUGCUUCACCCCAUGCUUGGAGCCGCGGAUACCUCGACGCGGUUGAACAACAUUAAGCCCCUUCUGGACCCGCUCCGAACCCGGAUGACACAGAGCAUGAGAGACGGGAACACGGCACAGGCGCAGCAGCUGCGAAUGGAAAUCAGCCAGACUCAGGAGCAGCAUGGCGUCAAGGCCUGGAAGUCGUUCGUUCCGUUGCUCCAGGUGCCGCUUGGUUUUGGCAUGUACCGUGUCGUUCAUGGGAUGUGCGCCUUGCCGGUACCCGAAUUGGCCCAGGAAUCCUUUGGCUGGAUCCGGGAUCUGACCGUGGCCGAUCCGUUUUACAUCCUCCCGGCCUGCUCGGCCUUUUUCUUGUUCCUGGCCCUGAAGAGAGGAGGUGAAACCGGUACCAACCAAUUCUCCAACUCGGCCGCCGGCAAGGCCGUUCUCUUCGGUCUGCCUGCUAUCUCCCUCGGCUUCCUGUCUUUCUUCCCCAGUGCGCUCCAGCUCUACUUUGCCACGACGGGUCUGUUUGGUUUGGGUCAAGCCUACCUCCUCAGCUCGUCGGCCUUCCGACGGGCCGCCGGAAUCGCCCAGGCCCAGCCGGCCAUGACGCCCGAACAAGCGGCAUCGCAGCAGCGCAAGACAAUUCGGAUGCUCGCUGAUCAACUGGAGGCUAGCGCCAAGGCCGCCAACCAAGCGCCCCCGGCUGUGGAGGCCAGCGCCAUCGACCGUUUGAUCGGGUCGCCCAAGAGCUACUGGAAAAACUUCCGCAAGGAUAUCGACGAGAAGCUCAACAGCAUCAGCGGCAGUGCGCCGCCGACGAACGCCGACGGGUCGCCUGCGGAACCUCCGCGACUCAGCGAGAAGGACCGUCAACUGGCGGCCGACUACGAAAAACGGCGCCAGGAGGAAGAGACGUGGAAGCGGGACGAGCGCAACCAUUCUCGCCGGGCCGCCCAUCUGAAGGCCCUCGAGGUCGAAAGGGAGAAGGCCCGCGCGGCUUUCAAGAACGCAUCCCCCAAGCAGCGGUGAGCUUGACCACUUUAUACCAGCCCGGUUUGGAGUUGUAUUUCAUUGUACAAUAUUGCGGUCCCUCCUGUUUGGCCUUUUGCUAUUGAGCUAUUUGUUUCCUUUCCACCUUCAUGCCUGUUUAACUACGAUUGAUCCCGUUUCCAUAGCCCGGACAUUAUUUAGAAUGAUAUAUUUCCGAAUAGACCAUCUUUUCUCCAUCAGCACCCCCCUCCUGGAAGGUCAAGGCCCCCGAUGGGAA